AGUAUUUGAUGGAUCUAGCCAAACUGUGGAAAAGGGAAGUGUCCCUUCAUUAACAGGAAUGUGCCACUGUUUAUGCACUGGAAAGGGGAGUGCCAUGAGAUCUGCUGAAGAGACUAUUUCUGUGGUUGCAUAUCUACAUGUGUUUGCACCCCUGCUGGGACUGAAUUAGGUGGUACAGGCAUCUUGGACCAUCAGGUACUGGCUAGCAACUUUUUUUUUGUCCAAGGCGUACCUGGCACAAGAACUGAAAGACACCACAGAUCUUUUUCAGAGACGCAAAGAGAGUGAGACAGUAUCCAGUCUUUCCCUUCUGUAACUGCCUGCUAUACCAUGGGAUGUCGGCAAAGCUCUGAGGAGAAAGAGGCAGCGCGGCGGUCCCGUAGGAUUGACCGCCACCUGCGCUCUGAAAGUCAGCGACAACGAAGAGAGAUUAAGCUCCUUCUCCUGGGUACCAGCAAUUCUGGGAAGAGUACUAUUGUAAAGCAGAUGAAAAUCAUUCACAGUGGUGGCUUUAACUUGGAGGCUUGCAAGGAAUACAAACCUCUGAUUAUCUAUAAUGCAAUUGACUCCCUCACACGUAUCAUUCGGGCUCUAGCCACCCUUAAGAUAGAAUUUCACAAUCCUGACAGAGCAUAUGAUGCUGUGCAGCUUUUUGCCCUGACAGGCCCAGCUGAGAGCAAAGGUGAGAUUACCCCUGAGCUGCUGGGAGUCAUGAAACGGCUCUGGGCAGACCCUGGCGUGCAGGAGUGUUUUUGCCGCUCCAACGAGUACCACCUAGAGGAUAACGCUGCAUACUACUUAAAUGACCUAGAACGGAUUGCGGCGCUGGACUACAUCCCUACAGUGGAAGAUAUUCUGCGUUCUCGGGACAUGACCACAGGGAUUGUAGAAAAUAAGUUCACCUUCAAAGAGCUGACUUUCAAAAUGGUGGAUGUGGGUGGACAGAGAUCUGAACGCAAAAAAUGGAUCCACUGUUUCGAGGGGGUUACAGCAAUAAUUUUCUGUGUGGAGCUGAGUGGAUAUGACUUGAAGCUGUAUGAAGAUAACCAAACAAGCCGAAUGGCAGAAAGUUUGCGUCUCUUUGAUUCAAUCUGCAACAACAAUUGGUUUAUCAACACUUCCCUCAUCCUUUUUUUGAAUAAGAAAGAUCUGCUGGCAGACAAAAUCCGGCGCAUCCCCUUAACAGUCUGCUUUCCAGAAUACAAGGGCCAAAACACUUAUGAGGAGGCAGCAGUCUACAUCCAACGCCAGUUUGAGGACUUGAAUCGCAACAAGGAGACCAAGGAGAUCUACUCACACUUCACCUGCGCCACUGAUACCAGUAACAUCCAAUUUGUCUUUGAUGCAGUGACAGAUGUCAUCAUUCAGAACAAUCUCAAAUAUAUUGGCCUCUGCUAAGAGUCCUUGGGCUUAACCUGUUAUCCUGAAGUGAUAAAAAAGGGGCUAACCACUUCCACUUCUAGUGGAAAAAAAGGGGCAAUGCUUAGUAGCCCAAGGAGAGAAAAGGGGAAAUCUGAUGUAUGCACACAGUUCCUCUUAUGCCCCCUUAACCUGCUACAUCAUUUCUCACACAUAUAUGUUCUGAAGAGUGAAAACCUUCUCUGCAUCCCCUUUCCCGCACCCCCUCUGAAAAAAAAAAAAACAACAACAACAACAACUCAAAAACCCCAAACAAAUAAAAAAGAAAUUGAGGCCUAACUCUGUGGAGAUGUUUUUCACCACAGUCACUGCACUUUUAUUCCAUUUGUUUCAUUCCAUUUCCUACAGUGGAAGUGUUACCAUGUUCUAUGUAAGAAAUAAUUCUUCAUCCAGUUGUCGUAAAAUUUUACUGACAUGAAGAUAUAAAGCUGGUGAGUGACAGAUGAACUCAUUUGCAGGGUGUGGAGCAGAACAGUUGUGUUGGAAAGCUAGUUCAAACCAGAAGUUACAGAACAGAAGAGUUUAAGCAAAAUACUACUUAAAGUUGUAGAGAAUGGGCACGCACCCACCAUAUUGGUACACAGAGCCAAACAGUAUAUACACAUACAUCAUGUAUGCACAUGAGUCACAGCAUAUACUAUGUACACACUUCUGCUUUACUUUACUGUUUAUCAUGGACACCUUGCCUGUUAAAGGAAUUGUUGGUGUGCAACUGUUCUGUGAUUUCCAAACUGACUAGCAGCUCUUUCUGCUCUUUAAGGCUUCAAAUAUGCAGCAAAAAUACAUAAAAUGAAUCUAAGAAUAGGCCAAAUUAAGGUCAGUGUUUCUUCUACUGGUAAGGAGUUUUAUACAUCAAAACAGUCUUCUUUUACAUCUUUUUUUGCCAAAUCUUGUGGUGUUUCACAGAAAACAAACUAUACGUAAGAAGUAGGUUAGUGUUCCUUUUUUAAUACAGAUUAAAAGAUAAAUCAAAAGGCAUUUUUUUAAAUUAUUGUUGUAGUGUCUGGAUUGCUGAAUGUGAAAGUUGCCAAUGGACAAUUCUGUUCCACUGCUCCAAAUACAUUCUGGGAAUUGUAAUAUUGUAACAGGUUUCCCAAGAAGCAGGAGCCAUGGAGAUCGUGUAGUGUAUAGCCUUCAAAGUCUUUUUUUUGUUGGGUUUUUUUUUAAUUAUUUAAAAUAUGUGAUGUAUCAUUAGAAGGUGAAAGAUGAGCGAUAUGAACAAUAACUAAAUGUCUUGAUAUUUCAAUUUAAAUUAUUUACAGUUUAGUGAAGUCAAGGAAACUGAAGAGAUGCAUUCCUCAGCUCCAGGUUUCAUCUCAUAAAGAAACACUACUGGAUGGAGUAACAUUCCGGCAAAAGUUUGAAUGCAUAAGAAGCUCUGUGGGACUAUACUGGAAAAUCUCAAAUGGAUCAUAUAGACCUAAGUCUUUGGUCAGUUGAUUCUUUGCCCUGCCAUAGAAAAGACUUCUUAAAAGACUUCAGUGUAAAGUUGGUGUGUAAAUAUAUGUUUGAUAAUUGUAAAGCACAUACUUACACAGAGACACAGACACACAUGCACACUGGAAAAUAACCUACUUUUGUUCCCCCUAUGUACUAUGAUUAGUUCAAGAAUUCUCAGCCAAGGGCUCUAAGAAAUUUAACACAAAUGGUUAAUAACAUCAACAUUUAAAUUGUCCACCUAAAAAAAAUAAAUAAUUCAAAUGAUA